AUGGCGGCUGGCAACAUCUCAAUGACGAAAAGAGUUAUGUACGUAGCUGCAUUCAAUGCUCGGCUCGCAAAAAGCCUGACAGCCAUUUUGUUGAGAUUAAUUUGGUAUUCUCGCCUGAAAUCUAAUGCUUGUUUUCCUUUCAGAAACACCGCUGUUCCGAUUAUCAGGUUUUCAAAGGAAGUUUUGUUGUCAUGCAAAAUUGGCAGAGCAGCAGCCUACUGCUACAUCUACCUAAGAAUGUGGCAAAGAAUUGAGAAAGCAUUACAGAUAGGCCCACUGAUCUCUUUCAUUGAGAAACUGAAAGCUCAUAAUUUGAAAAAGAAUGAAGAAGAGAAGAUCAUUUCUCAGAGCUGUCAGUCUGAUCACUGCAGUAACUUUCAUACAAACAGAAGUUUGUAA